UUUGGGACCCUUGUGCUCCUGAAUACAUCUGUUAUACAAAUGUCAGAGGAUGUGAUGUCACUUUGUCAUCCAGUUAAUGAGGGCGAGAAACAGUGAGCAUUAACCGGCCCUAACCUUCUCUCUUUCUCCCAGUAUGGACAGAGAUGGGACUAUGACUAUUGACUGGAAUGAAUGGCGUGAUCACUUCCUGUUCAACCCUUUGCACAACAUGGAGGAAAUUGUCCACCACUGGAAGCACUCCCAUAUGUUUGACAUCGGGGAACACCUGACAGUGCCUGAUGAGUUUUCAGAGCGGGAGCGGCAAUCAGGUUUGGUAUGGAGGCAGCUGGUUGCUGGAGCCAUGGCAGGGGCAGUGUCCCGGACAGGAACUGCUCCACUGGACCGUCUCAAGGUCUUCCUGCAA